GCGAGUUCCGGCGGAGGCGGGAGCGGUUGCGUUAGGCAGUGCUGCAGAGUCGCCAUGGAAGCGGGGGAUUCGGACGUCGAAUCGCUGCCGCGUGGGGGUUUCCGCUGCUGUCUUUGCCAAGUUACUACAGCCAACCGACCCAGCUUAGAUGCCCACUUGGGAGGUCGGAAGCACCAGCAUCUGGUAGAACUGCGAGCUGCCAGAAAGGCCCAGGGGCUUCGGAGUGUGUUUGUUAGUGGUUUUCCCAGGGAUGUGGAUUCGGCAGAGCUGUCUGAAUACUUCCAGGCAUUUGGACCUGUGGUCAGCGUGGUCAUGGACAAAGACAAGGGAGUAUUUGCCAUUGUGGAGAUGAAGGAUGUUGCUUCCCGGGAUGCUGCCCUGGCCCAGGACCAGCACAGCCUUCGAGGACAGCGCCUCCGUGUGCGGCCCCGAGAGCAGAAAGCCUUCCAGAGCCCGGCCUCUAGGGGCUCCCGCGGUGCAGCACCUGAGGACAGUGACCAGCUGCUGAGUUUGCUGGCUGAAGCCCCGGAUGUAGGUGGGCAGAUGCUGAAGCUGGUGGCGCUGCGGGAGCUGUCCGAAGCUGAGCGACAGCUGCGGCGCCUGGUGGUGGCCCUGGUGCAGGAGGUCUUCACAGAGUUCUUCCCUGGUUGCAAGGUCCACCCUUUUGGCUCUUCCACAAACAGCUUUGAUGUUCAUGGCUGUGACCUUGACCUCUUCCUGGAUCUGGGGGAGCUGGAGGAGCACCAGGCUGCCGGGAAGGCUCCAGGGUCUCCAUCCUUUGACUCUGCCCUUGCCUCCCCCCUGAACCCUCAAGCCUGUACCCCAGCCUCCCCUGCGGACUCGCCGUCCCCUGUGUCUCCCCACGGCUGUGAAGUGCUGGACUUUGAGACCCUGUCCUCGUCCCUAGCACCCCAGACACCAGACUCUGCGCUGGCCUCAGAGACCCUUGCCUCUCCGCAGUCGUUGCCUCCAGCCUCACCACUACAGGAGGACAGGGGCGAGGGGGACCCUGAGAAGGGCACCACAGUGGCCCUGGUGGACGAGAGGCCGGCAGGAGUGGCCAUGCUGGAGCUGGUGGGCUCCAUCCUGCGGCGCUGUGUCCCUGGCGUAUACCGAGUCCACAGUGUGCCCUCAGCCCGGCGCCCUGUGGUGAAGUUCUGCCAUCGGCCUUCAGGGCUUCAUGGUGACAUCUCCCUCGGUAACCGGCUGGCCCUGCAUAACUCCCAGUUCCUAAGCUUGUGCUCUGAGCUGGAUGGGCGUGUCCGGCCCCUUGUGUACACAGUUCGCUGCUGGGCGCAGGGCCGAGGGUUAGCAGGGAGUGGGCCCCUCCUCAGCAACUAUGCUCUGACCCUGCUCGUGGUCUACUUCCUGCAGACUCGGGACCCCCCUGUGCUGCCCACAGUGGCCCAGCUCACCCAGAAAGCAGGUGAGGGGGAACGGGUUGAAGUGGAUGGCUGGGACUGCAGUUUCCCCAGGGACGCCUCUAGCCUGGAACCUAGCACCAAUGUGGAGCCCCUGGGCUCCCUGCUGGCCCAGUUCUUCUCCUGUGUCUCCUGCUGGGAUCUUCGAAGCUCGCUGCUAUCCCUGCGGGAGGGCAGGGCACUAUCAGUGCCCAGGGGCCAACUAGCUGAUCUCUGGGAGGGUCUGCGUCUGGGUCCCAUGAAUCUCCAAGACCCUUUUGACCUGAGUCACAACGUGGCUGCCAAUGUGACCAGCUGUGUGGCUGGGCGGCUGCAGAACUGCUGCCGUGCUGCAGCCAGUUACUGCCGGAGCCUGCAGUAUCAGCGACGCUCUGCCCGAGGCCGCGACUGGGGCCUGCUGCCUCUCCUGCAGCCCCGAUCCCCUGCUGCGCUGCUGUUGGCUACGCCCAUCCCCCUACCCACAGUGCCCUUUCCCCAGCUUGCUGCUGCUCUGGUCCGGGUGCUGCAGGACGCACUGGGGUGCCAGAUAGAACAGGGAACAAAGAGGCCAAGGCCCAGAGCAGGGAUAGAGGAGGCCGCCCAGGGAGGAGCUGGCAAGAGACUGAAGUUGGAAGGGCACAGAGAAGGUGGCAAGGGUGGGGAUGAGGCGCUGUGGGGACAUGCCUCUGACCUCAGUCGAGAAGCAGAGGAGGAGAUGGUUGUGGAGGCUGGCGAGGCGGCGCAGGACUGGGGCAUAUGGAGCUCUGGGCAGCCAGGGAAUCUGCCGCUGGUGGCUAGCAGGUGCCCUGGCUCCGGAGAGGAAGAAAAGGGCCACCCAGUUUUGAUCCAACCGUGCCAGGGCCGCGCCAGCUGGCGUUGUACUCUGUGGCACCGCACGUGGCAAGGGCGGCGGCGAGCCCGGCGUCGCCUGCAGCAGCGGCGGCAGAGCCAGGGGGGUGCUACAGGUGCUGAGUGGUUGGCGACCGAGGCCCGGGUGACCCAGGAGCUGGUGGGACCUGGGGGUGGCAUGGAGCAGGAAGCGAGGGUUGAGCCCCUCGUGGCUUUCAUGGCGAGCGUAUCCGAGGCAGAGGGGACGCUCACAAUCACUCCGCUGCGAGACACACAGGGCCUAUUCCCUGAGCUGCACCACUUCUUGCAGGGCUUUGUGCCCCAGGCUCUGCGCCAGACAAUAAAGCAAUAAGCUGC